AUGAAUGAAGUGGAAGACGCUAGGUUUCGAAUCCAUUCUCAUACUCAUAUUCAACCAAGUGUUGUUAUACUACCGUAUUUAGAACAAACUGGUUUUGCUAAAGUCGAAAAAAUAUCAAGUUUAAAAAUAGACUUCAAACUAGUUGUUGCGUUGUUAGAGAGAUGGAGACCCGAGACACAUACUUUUCAUUUACCAACUGGUGAAUUUACCAUUACUUUGGAGGAUGUGAGUAUGUUACUCAGUCUCCGAAUUAAUGGUAAACCUGUUAAUGGCCCAACUAAUGUAACUAAUGAUGUUUACAUGGAUAAUUUAGGCGUAGAACUGACGGCUUCAGAUAAAAAUGGGGCUUCUGUGAAAAUUGUUUGGUUAGAAGCUCUGCUAACAGAGUUAAAAAAUAAUUCUUCCCCCACGGAAGCAGAAAAUAUUCUCCAUGCUAAAGUCUAUAUUUUACUACUAAUUGCUACAUUCUUGAUGUCAGAUAAGAGUCACAAUUUAUUGCAUUCAUCUUGGUUACCUUUAGUAGGAGACCUAGAAAAAUGUAACACAUACAGUUGGAAUUCUGCUUGUUUGGAAACAUCGUAUAGACACAUGUUCAAGGCAGCCCAGAAAGGAGUGAAGAGCAUAGGAGGUUGUGUUGUAUUACUCAGUGUUUGGGCAUUCACACGUAUACCGUUAUUUGCCCCUGUUAGUACUGAGGUGCCAUCACAUCUGUAUGCAUUAAGAUGGUGCCAACGAGGUAUGCAUUACGUAAAUAAUCCUCGUCAUCAUCUACGUGGAUAUCGAGUUGCAAUUGAACACAUUGUCAUACGGUGA